AUGGGCGAGUUUGAGGAUGCCUGGGAAGACGAAAUCGAGGACGACGACGAGGGCGAAGUCGUCAUGGCCCCCGAUAGCGACGACGAAGACUACGAGGGCGACGAUAUUCCCAUGGAGGAAGACGAGGAAGAGGAGGAGGAGAAGCUGAAUGUGUAUCUGCCCGGUCAGCAGCUCGGUCCCGACGAAGUCCUCGUUGCCGACAACAGCGCCUAUGACAUGCUGCACACCAUGAAUGCCGAAUGGCCGUGCCUCAGUUUUGACAUCCUGCCAGACAAGCUGGGCUUGAACCGCACGACCUAUCCCGCCACAGCCUACAUCGUUGCCGGCUCGCAGGCGGAGAAAGCCAAGGACAACAAGAUCUACGUCAUGAAGAUGUCGCAGCUGCAUCGAACAAAGAACGACGACAACGACAUGGACGACGACGACGAUGACGAUAACGACGACCUCGACGAUGAUCCGUUGCUGGAAUCCAAGACCGUGCCCCAUUUUGGUGGCAUCAACCGGAUCCGCCGGAUGCCCCAUCCCGAGGCCAAGAUUGUCUCGACGUGGGCCGAGACUGGCAAGGUGCACAUCUGGAACCUCUCGGAGGUCGUGGACUCGAUAGACACCCCCGGCAUGGCCGCGCCGCGGGAUCUGAAGCCAAUCUACACCGUCAACAACCACAAGACGGAGGGCUAUGCCAUGGAUUGGUCGACCCUUGGUGUUGGAAGGCUGCUUACUGGCGAUUGCUCAAACAAGAUCUACAUGACCACCAGCAACGAAACCAGCUUUGUCACCGAAAGCCAAGCCUUUGUGGGCCACCAAGACUCGGUCGAAGAUAUCCAGUGGUCGCCGACACAGAAGGGCGUCUUUGCUUCGGCCUCGGUCGACGGCACCAUCAAAGUCUGGGACACGAGAACGAAACAGAAGGCCCAGAUCAGUGUCCUGGCACAUGACAGCGACGUCAAUGUGAUUUCUUGGAACAGAACCGCCGACCAUCUGCUGGCCUCUGGCUCGGACUCGGGUGUGUUUUCGAUCUGGGAUCUGCGCAAGUGGCUGAGCCUUGGCCCAGGAGCACAGCCGGAGCCUGCCGCGACCUUCAACUGGCACUCCAAGUCCAUCACCUCGAUCGAGUGGCAUCCCUCGGAAAGCUCGGUCUUUGCUGUCGCCGGAGACGAUGACCAGGUCACCAUCUGGGAUCUGGCGCUCGAAGCCGACCACGAGGAGGUCACCAUUGCCUCGGGAGCCCAGGGCCAGCAGGUCACGGUGCCGCCACAGCUCCUGUUCAUCCACCAGGGCCAAAAGUCCAUCAAGGAGAUCCACUGGCACCCGCAGAUCACCGGCGCCAUGAUCACCACGUCCCUGGACGGAUUCAACGUCUUCAAGACCAUCAACUGCUAA